AAAAUUUCAAUAAAGCAUUAAAUUAGAAUAAGUGAAUUUACAAAUAUUGUUGGUGUAGUGAAAAAGUGCUACAAACAUAGUUGAGACUUUCUUGAUGCAAACUACAUUUAGUUGCCUCCACAUCUUUUAACAAUACAGAGUCUCCAAAAUAUUGAAAGAAAAACAUUGUAAUCUUGAAAAUGGCGGAAGCAAAUGCUGCUGGAGCAAGUGCUGAAGGUGCAGUGGCUUUGCAGGCCCCGCACCCUAAUGCCGAAUUAAUAAGGGGUCAAAUUUUUGAAGUGGGUCCCAGAUACACCAAAUUAGCUUACAUUGGCGAAGGAGCUUACGGCAUGGUGGUAUCUGCUGAUGACACGAUAACAAACCAAAGAGUUGCAAUUAAAAAAAUAUCUCCGUUUGAACACCAAACGUAUUGUCAAAGAACUCUGAGAGAGAUAACAAUUCUGACCCGGUUUAAACAUGAAAACAUUAUUGAUAUACGAGACAUCUUGCGUGUAGAUAGUAUAGAACAGAUGAGAGAUGUUUAUAUAGUACAGUGUUUAAUGGAGACUGAUUUGUAUAAACUACUUAAAACACAGAGGCUCAGUAAUGACCAUAUCUGCUACUUCCUAUAUCAAAUAUUGCGAGGAUUAAAGUACAUUCAUUCAGCAAAUGUCUUACAUCGGGAUUUAAAGCCAAGCAAUCUAUUGUUGAAUAAGACUUGUGAUUUAAAAAUAUGCGAUUUUGGAUUAGCCCGAAUUGCAGAUCCUGAGCACGAUCACACUGGGUUUCUAACAGAAUAUGUUGCCACUCGGUGGUAUCGCGCACCUGAAAUUAUGCUCAAUUCCAAGGGAUACACAAAAUCUAUUGAUAUCUGGUCCGUAGGAUGCAUUUUGGCUGAAAUGUUAAGUAAUCGACCAAUAUUUCCUGGAAAACAUUAUCUGGACCAACUUAAUCAUAUUCUUGGUGUCUUGGGAUCUCCAUCGCGUGAAGAUUUAGAGUGCAUUAUCAAUGAAAAGGCACGAAACUAUUUAGAGUCUUUGCCUUUUAAGCCAAAUGUUCCAUGGUCGAGACUUUUCCCAAAUGCCGAUCCUUUAGCUUUAGAUCUACUGGGAAAAAUGUUGACAUUUAAUCCGCACAAACGAAUUCCAGUUGAAGAAGCCCUUGCGCAUCCCUACUUAGAGCAGUAUUAUGAUCCUGGAGAUGAGCCUGUUGCUGAAGUACCGUUUCGUAUAAAUAUGGAAAAUGAUGAUAUAUCCCGAGACGCCUUGAAGUCAUUGAUUUUCGAAGAAACUUUGAAAUUUAAAGAACGACAACCAGAACAAGCAAUUUAAGAAAAAAAAACAAAUUUUUUAUAAU